UUCUGUGUUGCGCUCGUCAGGCUUUAAAGCUAGGUGUUUAGCAGUAAGUUGAGUAGAAUUUACUCUAAUAAACUCCAGUGUUUAGUACCACUGCCAUAACCCUUUUCACCAGAUUGUAUUGUCGACGGGGAGACGUUGGAAUGGCUGCGGUUGUAUUUGCUCAUGUCCAUGUUGUUGUUUGGAGCUGAUUAAUACUUGUGCUAAAGUUAGCCUGUUAGCAGCUCUGCUUGUUUACUGCCUCAGCCCAGCGCUGUGGCUCUGCACGGACUUCAUCUGCACAUCCAGGACACUUGAGGAACAUCUGACAUUUACAAGAUGUUUCUGGUGGGGCUGACAGGGGGCAUCGCCUCAGGGAAAAGCACAGUGUCUUCAAUGCUGCGGGAGCUUGGAUGUCCCAUCAUUGAUGCUGACGUUGUGGCCAGGAAAGUGGUGGAGCCCCACACCCCUGCUUACUGCCGUAUCGUUCACCGUUUCGGACCAGAGAUCCUGCUUGAGAACGGUGAGAUUGACAGGCAGAAGUUGGGGCAGAUCAUUUUCGCCAGUGAGGAAAAGAGGAAGCUGCUGAACUCCAUCACCCACCCAGAGAUCCACAAAGCCAUGCUCAAAGAGAUCCUGUUUUACUUCCUCAGAGGGUACCGCUACGUGGUGCUGGACGUGCCCCUUCUUUUCGAAACCAGACGUCUCACUCAGUUUCUCAACCACACUGUAGUAGUUUACUGUGACCCUGCCACUCAGCUAUUGCGCCUGAUGCAGAGGGACGGCCUGACCCAGGAGCAGGCUGAGCAGCGUGUGGCUGCACAGAUGCCGCUCAACGAGAAGCGCGGCUUGGCCAAUCACGUUAUCGAGAAUUCAGGCGGCCGCGAGGACACCCACCGACAGGUCCUGAGGCUGCACACAAAGUUGGAGGACUCCAUGGACUUUCUCUUAGUGAGGGUCAUUGCUAUCGCUGCCACUGCUAGUCUGGGGGGGAUCCUGCUGUAUGCAACCAAGAUGCUUUUGUCCUAACAGAGGGAAGCUGAGCAGGUCUGGCGUGUGGUCCAAGGUGAAAGAGUGAGCAGAAGCAGGCGAAUAGAAGGUCUGAGGCACCGAUGCAUUUUACUGUGAGAUUAGCGUCUCCACACCCACCUCCACAGUUGAGUGGUGUGACGUGCUCCGUUGGCUGUUAAUACGGACUUACAUUAUUAGCAUAACUUGCACUGACAAAUAUGGUUUAGUGUGAAGGGUUUCUACGUGCAAUUGCAGUUGGUUUUACACUGACACUAAAAACCAAUGAAGCUAUACCUUACAGGCUCCGUUUGUACAUAAGCUCCGCUCUUUACUCACUUAUAAGAGUGAGUUUACAACAGUUAUUGGAGCAGAUUUGGCAAUUCCUUUAUUUUGAUGCAGUUAAAGCAAACUCAACUUCAGUAAGACCAUAAAAACAGAUCCUUUAACAGUAGAAAUGGAAAGAUUUAUUUUGUUACACCAUGAACACCUUAUGAAAAUGUAAAAGUAACUUGUAUAAACUGUACAUACACCAAAUACUAGAAAAGGCAAAACAUUAUUUACAUCUGUAGUUGUGCAGAAGUAGUUUUCAGCACCAACUCCCACUUUAAUUAUUAAGAUAACCUAUGAAGUGCAAAAUGCCAGCGCUGCCCUGACUCUCAGACAUAUUUAAAUUGGAUGAAAUGCUCCUUGUAGAGAGGAAUCUUAAUUACAGAAUAGAAAUGGUUUGAUCCUUGCAGAAAAUGUCAAGAUUGUAUGUGAAUGACUUGUAUAAUGAGGACAUGACAGAAUGUAUUUGACUGUCUGUUUUUCGUAGAAACAGUGUGAAUUUACAUGAAAGUUUUAAUAUUAACAAACCGACUUUAUAUUUACCACUGUAUUUUCUUACACUGAAGAAGUCCUAGAUUUGUGAUGGUUUUUUUUUUUCUUUCUGUGCACAUUCACUUUCAACUAAAAAUCUAAAUUUGUAAGAUUAGCUGCUUAAAUAUAAAUCAAACAGUAAGAUUUUAAAGUAAACUACUAGAUGGUGGUGUCA